UACCAAUCUUUACCUAGUGUCCCAAGUCCCUGCAGGAGCUAAAAAAAAUCACUUUAGCAACUGCAUUUGGGAACAGAGCACCAUGAAGUGGCUAAUCCUUGCCCUCGUAUGCCUUCACCUCAGUGAGGCUAUUAUCAAGGUACCCUUAAAAAAAUUCAAGUCUAUGAGGGAAGUGAUGAAGGAAAAAGGUGUCCAUGAACAGCUCCUACACCGCUAUUAUGAUCCAGCCAGCAAAUACAUGAACAAGUUUGCCACUGGCAUCGAGCCCCUUGCUAACUACAUGGAUAUGUCCUAUUAUGGAGAGAUCAGUAUUGGAACUCCACCCCAGGACUUCUUGGUUCUCUUCGACACUGGGUCAUCCAAUCUCUGGGUGCCAUCUGUCUAUUGCCAGAGUGAGCCUUGCACAAACCAUCCAUUAUUUAAUCCCAACCAGUCUUCUACUUACUACAGCAAUGGACAAACCUUCUCUAUACAGUAUGGAAGUGGUAGUCUCACUGGGGUCUUUGGCUAUGACACUGUAACGAUCCAAGGCAUUUCUAUUACCAAUCAAGAAUUUGGCCUAAGUGAGACUGAGCCUGGCAGUGCCUUUGUCUAUUCAAAAUUUGAUGGCAUCCUGGGGUUGGCCUAUCCUUCCAUUUCUGCUGGCGGUGCCACCACUGUAAUGCAGGGAAUGAUGAAGGAGAACUUGCUUGAGUCUGCUGUUUUCAGCUUCUACCUGAGUCAGCAGCCAAGCUCCCAGAAUGGUGGUGCACUUGUCUUCGGAGGAACCGAUCCCAAUCUCUACACUGGACAGAUUAACUGGGCUCCAGUCACCCAAGAAAUGUAUUGGCAAAUUGCGAUUGAUAGCUUCUCUGUUAACAACCAGACAACCAACUGGUGCAGCCAGGGAUGCCAGGGCAUCGUGGAUACUGGAACAUCCCUCCUCACUGUUCCUCAGAAUGUCUUUGGAGAGCUGAUGCAAUACAUUGGAGCUCAGGAAAACAGCUAUGGCGAGUAUGUGGUUAACUGCGAUAAUAUUCAGAGCAUGCCCACCAUCACGUUUGUCAUCAAUGGAGUUAGUUUCCCCCUGAGUCCAUCUGGCUAUGUCCUUCAGUAUUCUGGUGGCAGUUGCCAGGUUGGCAUGAUGCCCACUUACCUGCCAUCCCAGAAUGGGCAACCUCUGUGGAUCCUUGGUGAUGUCUUCCUCAGGUCCUACUACUCUGUGUAUGAUUUGGGCAACAACCAGGUUGGCUUUGCAGCAGCAGCAUAGACAUAGCCAACAGUUUUAUGCAGUACUUUACAUCUGCAAAAAAUCUUCCACUGAAAGCGAUAAUAAAUCAAAGUCGGUUUCCUCCCCAAAGUAACUGGAAGCAAAUAAAAACAUGAUUAUGCAAAGAA